AUGAGUUUAAAUAUCGAUGAAAAGAAAGACAACUACGUAAAAGUUACUUGGGUUGUCAAACUUUGUGAGGUAAUUGCAAAAUUUUAUAACUCAGAUCAAUUUAAGAUUAUUAAUAUCGACAACAUUAGCUUCAGUAUGAAAUUAGAACUAGGUGGUUCAUCAUCAAACGCAACUUUUGAUUUAUGGGUAAAAAAAUCAAAUCCAGAACCAGCGCUAGCUUUAAUUAAAGUGAUGGUCGGAGACUUUUCGAUAAAUCAAUCUCAGUGUUGGAAAUCUUCAUCUUACUUUAAAAAUAUAAUCAUCCCAAAAGAGACAAGUGUUGAAAAAAUAAUUGAAAGGACUUGUAAAGAAAAGACUCUUCACAAUGUUUAUAAGUUGAAAAUUACGUGUGAAAUACAUUGGAACAACACUGUAAAAAGUAGCCUUAAUAACAAUCUGUGUGAUAAGAUCCAGCGGUUCUACAAUUCUGAAGAACUUAGUGAUGUCACAAUUAUUGUUGACCAGGUUCGAAUUCCAGCACAUAAAGUUGUUUUAGCCGCUCACAGUGAAGUAUUUUCAAAAAUGCUGCAAUCUGAAAUGAAAGAAGCUAAAGACGGUGAAAUAAAUAUUAAAUAUAUUAAUCCAGAAGUAAUUCUUGAAAUGCUGCAUUAUUGUUACACAGGAACUAUGAAAGCGAAGAAUAGUGUUCAAAUAGCUUUGCAGGUGCUUGAAGUCGCUGAUAUCUAUCAAAUUAUCAAGCUCAAGGAAAUUUGUGAGUUGAACUUGUGGAGCAGGAUGUCUAUUGGUAAUGUUCUUCAAAUAAUUGAUGCAGCUGAUGAUCAUAAUGCCAUUAAUUUGCGCCAGAAAGCUAUGGAGUUCAUACUUCGUCGUCAUAAAGAAGUAUUUCCAACCAAUGAAUUCCAGGAGCUGUUUUUUAGAAAACAAAAACUGAUGCUUGAAAUUGUUCGAGCUCUCAGCCAUAUGUAA